UCUGCUGUUUCUAGUCGGAUAUCAGACAGACUGUACCGCUGAAGGUUAGCUCAAGCCUUAGCGUGAUAUUAAACUCUUUUCUCCGCGUUUAUGAAAAAUUUAGAAAAUAAGGUUAAAUAAGUUGUCGGUGCAUUUGGCUAAUGCAGGUACAUAGGUGAAAUAACUCGUUUAUGAGCUGCGUGUGCACGAAGCAUUUACUAGCGGUUAGCUAUCCGGCCGCGCUAACCAAGUAAGCUAACCUAUUAGCUACCUUUCUGACAGGAAUGCCUCUACUCUGAAGCCAUAAGCAGUAAGUUAAUUAGCGUUGCUUUGCAUUAGUGGGAUGUAUUUUGGGUUUAAAAGUCUCCCUCCGUGCCUCGUACCUCUGUGCUCUUCAGUUUUACUCGAAGAAGUUUGCAGCAGACUUCUUUAACAUGACUCGUUACAUUCAGCUCUCUGUUAUAUAACGUUAAGGUUAACUCUGGGGAAAACACUGUGAUUUGCGCACUAGCAGCUUUUACACGUGUAUGAAGACCUCGUUGCUUUUGAACGGUUCAAGCAAUGAAAGAAAUUCUGCGGAGAAUUCACAGCGGUUUUUUGAAGCUUGUGCUUUUCCCGAGCACGUUUCGGAAUAAACGUCCCCGUCCACCUGCCUCAGAAGUGCUAACGUGCCACCUCACCCAGCGCAGACUCCCACCCUGGACCUCGUUCUGUGUGCGUUACAGCGCUGUAGUGAAUGACCAGUUUGGCUUGUCCAACUUCAACUGGAAGGUACAGGGUGCCAACUACCACAUCCUCAGGACGGGAGCCUUUCCCUUCAUCAAGUACCACUGCACCAAAGCACCUCCACAGAGCCUGGACUUUGAGAACACAUUCUUCGGUGCACUGAAAGUUAUCAACCUAGGUUUUCCAUGUCUGGCAUACGGCCUCGGCUCUUGGAUGGUCGUUCGGGUAACAGAAACUGUGCAAACUUCGGCUGGCCCCGUCACUGUUUAUUUUGCAUAUAAGGAGGUAGAAGGGGCUCAGUACUAAGGGCAGUUUGCAUCAUUGUCAUUACUCUACCCAACUGGUACUUCAAAAUGAAAAUGAAUGGCUUACAUGUAUCAUUAUUAUGCAGAUCAGAGUAUUUUUUGUUGUACAAGUUCACACAACAAUGCUAUUCUGUUUGAGGGCUUAAAAUUCUGUAAUAAAGCUAUUUUCUUUUCAA